AUGGAAAUAGCUGAAGGUAAGAUUACAUCUAUAGGCAAAUCAGGCCAGCUCCUAGAAAAAAUAUGGCAUCUAAACUUACUAGCAAGAAAUGCGCUUCCAAAGAAUGAUUGGGAUAAUGAAGAUAUAAUGGAGUAUGUGCUUAGACUGAUUUCUUUAACAAAAGAGCUGACCACAACUCUCGGUCAGCAACUGGAGAACAUUAAGGAAAGUAUUCAAGAUACCUACCACUUGCUGAGUGCUCUCCAGGACAAACACAAGGAAUUGACUACAAGACCAGAAAAAUUAAAUUAUUACCUAUUUUUUGCCUUAGAGUGCAAAGGAAUUAUAGACUGUCUGGAAAAAGUGAAGGAUUGUUUGAUAAAUACCGUCUCACACAUUCAAGAGGCAGAAAAUAAGCUUUAUGUUGCUGGCUGCAGGCAAGAUGAUGAUUCUCAGAUCCAGACUGCUCAAAAUGCUUCUAAAGAAACAGAUGUGUGUUGUUCUGAAGGAAAAGCAAUGAAAUCUGUGCAAGCAUCUUCUAGUCCCAGACAGCAAUCUCAAAGAACUCCUUCCCCGAUCAAGACGGAGAGUCAGAAUGUUAGUCAAAUCCAGUCAAGUGCAACUAAAACUGUCAAAAAAGACAUCAUUGCAUCGUUAGUUGAGAACGUCUCUGCUCAAGAACAGGAUGUUAACAGACAAUCACCAGCAAAAAAGGAAGACAGUGAACACAGACUAAGGAUCUCUGUUACAGAGAAAAAAGAUUGCAAUGGAAAAGAAAAAGACCAUGAAGGUCGCUCUGUUACUGGAAACUCUCAAGAGCUGGCUUUUCAAGAUGCUCUUACCAGCAGCGUGGAAGGCAUUCUAUCUGAGACAUUGAAAGACAUUUCUGACAGAACUGUCACAAAUCUUUUUGAACAGGAAAAAAAGGCAACAAUAAAAGAAUCUUCAAAAGUGAUAGAAAGUGAAGAACAUAGAUUGUCAGAGAAAAUAGAAGACCGUAAAAUGGAAACAAACAGUGAGAUUUGUAGGAAUGACCUAAUUGGCUUUACAUCUUUGUCACAAACAUGUGUUCUUACUGCUCUGAAUCCUGCUAUGAAUGAUUCAGAAGAAAUACAAAAAUCUAGGCACUGGGUGAACAAAGAAUGUCUAGUGGAAGAAAACUAUAAGAAUGAAUGCAAAGUAGCUUGCUUUAUUAAAGGCCCUGCAACUGCUGUAGAGAACCUGAAGUGUAGAAUAGUCAAUAAUGCUAGUUCCUUGGUGGUGGAUGAUUCUGAGGAGCUGGUCAGCAAUGUCAUCAGUAUUGAAUGCUCUGAUUAUGAGAAAACAAUCACCUUCCCUAUCAACAUUGCAAUCCCAUUUACUUCACGCUUCAGAGGAAAUUAUCGGGAGAUUAUGGUGAAGCUGACUGAUGUGAACUUUCAAUCAAACUACUUAACUCCUAUUUCUUUGGAGAAAUACCAAGGAAACCAUAAGGAAGCGUUUGUGGAAGUGAAAAUAUAUCAGCUGGGUGUUUUUUCCGUGUUGUCAUGCUUAAAGAAAGAAACAUUUACUGUUCCAAAAGUAGGACUCUCACAAAAGCUUAAUAUGGAUUCUAGAAUCUCUUUCUGUUACCGUCCAGAAACAUUCGGUUCUCCAGCACCCAUGGAGAUAAAGAUUCAGCCAGUUGAAACAUCAUUGGUUUCAAUAUUGAAAGCAAGACACGAUAUGUACCAUGCAGUGGUAUCUACUAGUGCAUUGGUUUACGUACAGCAUCCUUCAGCACAGCCAUUUAACAGCUCAGUCACUAUUACACUACCCUGUCCUCCAAGCCCAGAGAAAAAAAGGCAAGGAGAUGAAACAGAACAUGCAAGAGCCAUUAGUGCUACAGUAAAGAGGGUUGCUACAGCAUACCAUACUCGGUCUGUGAGUGCUUCUGUGAGGAAAAAUGGUGAGAAUCCCCAGGAUACUUUAAAAUUAUUAGGUCAUAGAAACCAAGAAGAGGGCUGGAAGGUGUUUGAUGAUGUUAUUAUCCAGAAUGGAAGGAAUGGGCUUGUAUCAUUUGAACUAAAUGAGCAUUUAGAAAGCUUUGUGGUCAUUCGCCUUUCAUUCCUCUUGGAAAACACGUAUCUUCUCCUCUUUGCUCAGGCUCUGGAAGAAGCUCUUGGUAGCACAAUGGCUAAUGUGGUACUGUAUCGAAAAAGAGAAAAUCCAUGUGAAAUAGUAGUUUUGCUAUCUGCAUCCAAAGAAUUGCCCUGCGAACUUCAAAAUCUCCAUGAGGAAGGCUACUUUGGUCCCCCAGAACCUACACAGCAGUUUCCAUUAAGAGAAGGAGAGCAGAUUCAUUUCAGUUUUAGAGGCAAUAUUUUUGCUUCAGAGAAUGGAAAAGAUUUUGGAAAAGCCUACAGGCUGAUUUUUCAUUCACAAAGAAAACCCCGUCUGGAACUCCAAAUUAAAGAAGUGGAUGAAUUUGGUAACCACAGUUCACCUCAUUACAAAGGAACAGUUGUGUUUUACAAAGUUACCAGAGAUAUGAUAACCAAGAAAUGGGAUCAACCUUUGCCAUAUAGGGAAUAUCAACACGAGUCUCCGCUGUGUAAAUUAGCACUAACGUUACCAAAGCAUGAAAAGUUGACCAACCGUCCACGAAGCACAAAACCAAUUUCUUCUGAUUCAUCAGAGGCCCUAUGGGACAACUUGCUAUAUUGGCUUGCAGAAGAGCUUGCAGAAGAUAAUACAUCAUUGCUCACUUUGUGCUUACCUGUUCGGCGAAGCGUGCUUCAGCUUGUUAGGCUGAAGUGCCCUGAUAAUUUAACACACCAGAUCUAUGAGCUGCUUUGCUGCUGGAAAAAGACUCUUCCAAGGUCGGCUGAUAAACAGCAACUCCUGUCUCGCUAUUUGCGGAAGAGUGGCAGAAGUGAUCUUUCAGAAGAACUUCUUUUUAAAUGGCAAAAUAAAGUGUUCACAUGACAGAAUUUCUAGCAACUAAC